AUGACGAGCAUAUUUCUUACCAUCACAGAAUAUUGUAUGAUUGUCGGGAAGAUUGGAUUCCUUUCGAAUGCAAUCUUCGGAGGAGUUCUGGUUUUGCUCACACUGUUUUGUAUCAAAAGACAGUUCGGGUCGUAUAAGAAAUUGUUGGUCAAUUUUCAAGUUGUUGGUUUUAUAUUCGCGUUGAUUGAGUUUUUAUUUCCAGUUAUCCUCCACACAUACAAUCGUUCACUAGCCUACUUCAGUCACUCUCCUGUCUUCCAUUUAACAAAAUGUUCUCUUGAAUUGUUGAUUGGCAUUUCGACUGGAGUAUUCGCUGCAACUUUAUGUCUUCUAGCAAUCCAAUUUUUAUACCGAUACUGGGCGGUAUUUGACACAUCAAAACUGGUGUAUUUUGAAGGAUGGUAUUAUCUCAUUUGGAUAGUGUACAUGUUCGUUUUUGGUUUCUUCUGGGCGUAUUCUGUUAGCUACUGUUUCUCACUUGAUGAUGCCGGAAAACAAUAUCUAGCCGACGAGAUUUACUCUAAAUAUCAGGAAAAUGUAUCUGAAAUUCCAAUAUUGAGUUUGAUGUCUUAUGAAGUGUCAAAUGGGAAAGUAUUUAUGGAGUUUUGUUGA